AGAGAGAGCGCCUUUUCCCAUCUCUGUUCAAACACAGCGCGCCCUUUUUCACAACAGCUAGAUCCACAUCGAGCCAUUCGAUAUUUGUUUCCUGCCUGACGCCAACUACUGUAUUCAGCCACUGCCUGAGGGUUUGAGUGGUGCAACGCUACAAACCGCCAAGGUGGUGAAAAUGCCUCCUAAAAAGCAAAAGACGAAGGACAUCAGGUCCUUUUUCAACAAGACUGACAGUCCUGGUAGCAGCAGCUCGACCAACACAGGAAGUGCCCAGCCAGGUGAAGCUAAAGGCUCUCAGACUGCUACACCCACCAAAGUGAAAAAAGAGGACAACUGUGAUGCCCCGGGCGGACAUUUACAUCGUUUCAAAGUGAAAUUCAGCUGCACUGACCGUUAUAAAUACGCUAUUGACUGUGAUCGACCUCGCACGGUGCUGGAGGCAAUACAGUCAAGUGAACACUAUUCUAAGAAGAUGAAGAAGUGUUCAGAUGAAAACAUUGUAAUUCAACUGGGUAAAUCAGAUAAAGAAUCUAUCGUUGCAACACAUUUCCCUUGUUCUUGUGUCAGUGAUGGUGAGCCUCUGAUCAUAUCAUGUGAGUCAGAAAAGGUUGAAGAGGCUCAAGGCCAACAUUGCCAACCAAUACAUUCAAGGGAUAAAUAUUCUGUCUUCUACAUUGAUACAGUGGGAGGGUUGUUCACCAAACAAAAAAAGCUUUUUAGAAACAGCGCUGUAAAACAGUUCAAGUAUCUGUGUGUCUAUGGGGAGAAGGGGACGACUGUGGAAGAGGCUCUGAGAAGAGACGGUCGUUUCAUUGAUGAUCUCGGCGACUUCACUCUGUCAGACAAUGACAAUCCGAACUGCAUCAUUGGACGCAAACAAAAGGUUGACAAACUAGAUAAAAAAGAAUUUAAGAUACGUCUUCCACGGAACAAGAGAGCAAACGAUGAAGAAAAACAGGAAAACUCUGGUGCAUCAAGUAACUUACAACAGACGUGCGGUGCAAAGGCAGUCUUAGAUGUAAUAAAGCAGAGAGGAAUCAGUGUCAGAACAGAAGUGGAGAAAAGAGGCAGUGUUGAUGACACUGGGGAGAUUUACGAUAUACUACGUCAGCAGUUUCCAGGUCUGAAAGAACUGAUGGAGAGUAGAUUCCCUGAUGAUUCUUAUCAGGAAGCACUGAGCUUAAGGAAGGAAAACUUUGGAAAAAUCCAGAAGUCUUUCAGUGAAGUUCACAGAGUCAGGAAGCUGCUUAAAAUGGGCGAGUCAGUCUGCAAAGUGAAUGUUGGGGAUGUUUGUGAGGGCACGGGCUUUGUGCUGUUUGACAACUUCAUCUUGACUAAUGCGCACUUGUUCAAAGAUUGUGUUGAAGGAGAAAGGCUGAAGGAGGGUAUAAAUGUGUGUGUCCUCUUUAACUAUGAAGAUCCCGAGCCACACACAAAUUUCUACUACUUCCAGCUAGCUCGGUUUUACCUCUGUUCCAGAGAGGAUGAACUAGAUUAUGCCAUACUUGAGCUCAACCCUGAGAGCCAGAAACCCAACGAAACAACACAAACAAAGAAAAUGAAGGUGCCACCAGGGCUCCUCAAGAAAUUUGGUCCAGUACCUGAGAAUGGCGAAGCCUGUAUUAUUGGUCAUCCAGCAGGAGAAGUGAAACAAAUGGAUCCUACAUGUAUCAUUGAGAAAGAAAGGAGGAGGCAGGCUGUCAUUGAUCAUUUACAUCAAUACAAAGACAAUGUUUUCAUUGUCCACAAUAUCAGUCAGAUUAUCAAAGACCAAGGCAUUGACAACAUAAUGAUGGGUGGACAUAAAGCAGACAAAGUUGUGACCUAUAACACCUUCAUGUAUCACGGUUCUUCGGGCUCUCCCGUGUUCGAUGUUAAUGGCCGAGUGUUUGGUUUGCACACCGCAGGAUUUUGUCAUGGUUUUUACAAAGGGAGCGUGAUAGAGUUUGCCCAACCUCUGCUUACCAUAUUUGAACACUUUGUGAGCAAGCUGAAGGAAAGAAAUCUUAAGGAGCUGUUGAAAAGAGUUAAGAAAGAAGCAAAGGGAAACCUGUACCUAGAAAAGGUAGUCCGUCUCAAAUCGAGUGGCACUGGCGAGUGCUCAGACUCCGACGAGUCAAUGGAGACUGAUUAAUUAUUCAGAGGUAUCCGAACAACAAAGAACUAGUUAAGAGUUAGUUAUGAUGAGGGAAUUUACUUUGUGGUGAUUUAGGGUGGUUCAACAGUGCAGUAUGCGAUAUUAUCGUCAUUUUUGUUGGGGUUUUUUUGCUUUACUGAAGAGUUUUCAUACGCAUGUUUUUUAGUAGUUUAUAAUCACCUUAAAAUCAGAGUUGUUGUGUUAUUUGUUACCUUAGAAUGAGUUCUUAUCUGCUUUGUGGUAUUGUAGUCCUGAGGCUAUGAAUUGAGGGAUGCCGAGUUGCACCGUGUUUCAGAUGCCGCUCUAAGACGCAUUUUCCGUCUUAAAAAAAAUUGACUGGACAUGACGUGAUGAUGUGAUGUCACAUGCGGUUGUGGCGGAUGCUUACCAUCACCUGCAGUUGGCUAGUAUUUACUUCAUUUGUUAUUACAGUUAUAUAACAUAUAUCUAUUGUAACCAGUGUGCUUAAGUUUGUGUUAAAAUUGCUGAUUAUUUUGACUUUUCUGUUUCUUGCCUGUUUCCUGUCAUUGAUUUUUAGCUCUAUCUAAACAGGUUGCAACAUUAGAUUAGAUGAGACUCUUUGUUUUAAUGUUGAUGUUUAUUUGUGCUUUAAAUCACUAAACUGAGUUUUAUUAAAUCAGGUUUUCAUUUUAA